CAUGGUAUAUAUGCACCAAUCCUCGUCACCACCGCCGUUGCCGUCCAAAUCCUCCAUCGAUUUCAGUCCACCGUUGAUAGUUAUGGUGGUAAUCAUCGCCACCGCUUUUGUCAUCAUCACUUACUCACGCCUAAUCUCUCGCCACAUGCUCCACCUCCACCGUCGCUACCGCCGGUGGCGCCGGCGCCGUCCCCCGUCCUCCUCCGUCGGUGACAUCGAAUCUCAGUCCCUUCCUUACUCCUUCGAUCCAUCAGACGCGUUUCAUGUCCUUUCGCCGUACGGCCUCGACGAGUCCGUCAUCAAAACCAUUCCUCUUUCGAUAUACACCAGAAAAUCCAACGUCCAUGAAUGCGCAGUGUGUCUUCUGGAGUUCGAAGAGAACGACUAUGUCCGAACACUUCCGGUUUGUUCGCACGCGUUUCACGUGGACUGUAUCGACAUAUGGCUUCGUUCUCACGCGAAUUGUCCUCUGUGUCGUGCUGUAAUAUUCCGGCCGGAAUCGCCUUUUGUUCCAGUGAUGGCCGCGAGAAUUCGGCCAAGCCUCGAUGAUAUAAUCAUGGCAAGCACAAUUCUCGAACCGUUGAAUGAAUCUCCGCCGGAAAAUGACGCAAGUUUCGGAGAAAUCACGCACGAGGCUUCGCCAAGAAGGAACAACCAGUCAGAGGACCGAUUCAACGGCCGCGAUUUUCUGUUGAAGAGAUCGUACUCGUUCGGAUUUGAGCGCAAUUUAGGGUCGGAGAGGUUGGUGCUAGAGCCUGCGACGGCGUCGCCGUGGCGGUAUAGACGAGGAGGUGGUUUCUGGAGCAAACGCCCAUCCCCGUUCAGUUCGUUAACGAAGCCUAGGGUGUUCUCUUUCAGAUACUACAGAGGAAUGAAGUCUCCAUUUUUCCGGCGGCGUAGCGGUGGUGGCUUUUUUCCGUUGUCAGAAUCAAGUGUUAGGUACGCCGGCUCAGCCGGAGGCGGUGGCUCUUCGCGGCGGAGUAAAUCGUUCGCGAGCCCGAUGUUCAUGAGAUCGUCGGCUUCGGUGGCAGCUGGGCUGUUUUCAUCGAGCCGGCUGAGGAGUGGUGAUCCAGAGGCUUUGCUGUCACCUGAGAGAUUUAACAGACGGUAGGAUUGAGACCCACGUGGGAGACAAUGUUUUUGAUCAUCGGGAAAUGAACGGUCGGAGAUGGGGGUGAGGGUGACGAGGAGGAGCGGGGCGUGGUGGUGGAGAUGGGGUCAGGGGGCUUUAAUGGAGGGUUGGCAAGCGUGAAUUAAAUGAGGGUUUUAGGGCAGCGGGUAGUUUCGUGUAAGGCGGUCAUUAAUGGUGAGAGGUGGUGGCAUUUAAUGAAGAAAUUGACGAGAAGGGUUUUGAUUAUUGAUUCACGGUCACACAUGGAGAAAGAGUUCACAGGUCACUUUCUCUCUCUCUAAACUCUUUAUCUCUCUAUGUGUAUAUAUGAUAGGAGAGAAGUAUAUAUAUAUAUAUAUACAGGAUUCUUUGUUGCAGUCAACCCGCAGUGUGGGAGAUGAGUGGGUAAUCAUAAAUGUGAAGAGCUGGCUGGGCCUUUGCUUUCGAUUUCUCUUUUUCUUGUUUUGGGAAUGCGGGAAAUUGAUGAUUUGGAUUCUCGCAUCGGCUUUUAUGGUGGUUUUUGAUGUGAUACCAUAUCUCUCUCUUUCUCUCUGUCUCUCUCUCCGGAUAUAGAUU